AGUCUCAUUCAAUUUCUUCUAGAGUAAUUUCAGUAUUCAAAUUUAUUAGUAGUAAUAAUCAAAAAACAAUUCAAUGUCUUAAUACUUUUAACACAAUUAUCUUUCUUGUUCUAUCUAGGCCAGGGCAAUACACUUGAAAGAGGAAAUAAUUAUGGAGAUCCUCAGCAGGUUACCCGUGCAGUCUCUACUUCGAUUCAAAUGUGUUUCCAAAUUUUGGGAGGCAUUAAUCUCUGAUCCUUACUUUAAGAUGAAGCAUCUCAAUCAAGCCCGAGAUUUCCCAAAGCUUCUUAUUACCAAAAUAUCUAAGGAUGGCCUAUUUUCCGUACAUUGUUGUCCUUUGUCGUCUCUUCCACUGGUUGAGGAUGUGCAAAAACUUGAUUGCCCUUUCUACCCUAAACCAACCAGCUUCAACAUCCUUUGUUGUUGCGAUGGCUUCUUUGUUAUCGAGGUUCGGGAUAAUUUCAAUCUUUUGUUGUGGAACCCCUCCACAAGAGAAUUAGUAGUACUUCCCGCUCAAGAAUUUCCAGUGGGUGACCGUUCUUGUUUUGGAAUGGGUUAUGACUCCACCAGUGGUGAGUAUAAGAUCCUUCAUAUGCGCCAGGACUUGCGUAGAUCCUUACCUAGUGAAAUUCUCGCGUUGAAAGGUGGCUCCUGGAGAAGAAUUGAUAAAAAUCCUCGUGGCUUUAUCAAUUUGUUGUUUGCUAUGCAGUUUUUGGCAUUUGUACAUGCGGCAUUUCAUUGGAUCGGUCUUUCAAGAGAAAGGUAUUUUGUGGUGGUUUCAUUUAGUAUUUCAAAUGAAGUGUACGGAGAGAUACCCUUGCCACCGGAGAAAUGUUAAGCUUGAGGGCCACCCGUUUUGAGCGUUUCAGUGUUGGAAGGAAUGCUUUGUAUUCAUUCUACCACUCAUCAUCAGGGGAAGUAUACUUUUAAGUUAUGGGCAUUGAAAGAGUAUCUUUGUCAAGGAAUCUUGGGUUCCAUUGUUUGCUAUAGAAGAUCCUUCGAUUUCUACGGCCCUACCGAAAUAUAGGUUUGCGAAUGGUGAAGUGCUCUUCCUCUGCAUGUUUGUUGGAAGUCCUGGGUGGGCCUUUAGGACACCCAGUGGACCAUUUGUAUCAUGGCCUCAACUUGAGACCUUUCAGAAUGGAUACGCUUUUACAGAAAGCUUGAUCUCUCCGAAAUCACUUACUUAUUAGUUUCUUAGGUAUGAUCGAUGCACUUUUUCUUUUUCAUUUUUUAAGUUAUCAUGUUGUAACCUUGUAUUCUUAUUAGUUUAUCUAUUGCUUACCAGUUUUUAAGUUUCAAGAUGUAUUUACUAAAGAUUUUUUUUUUUUUUUUUCCUGGAGAAACAUACUGCUUACCUGGAAGAUCUGGAGAGUGUUUUUGAAUAUUUUUGGAGUACAAUGCCAUAUGAUGGCAAUCUGGAGCAUU